AUGGCCACCACCACCACCACCACCACGGCGGCAGCGUCCCUCACCACCCUGUCCCCCGCCGCCGGCAAGCGGUUCGGCCUCUCGUCCCCGUCCCUCUCAUUCUCCUCUCACCGCCUGGCCACCACCACCCUCCGCACCGGCGCGUCGUCGAGGACGGCGAGGAGGCGGGCGGCGACGGCGUCCCCGGUGGUGGCGACCAUCGCGGUGGGCGACAAGCUCCCCGACGCGACGCUGUCCUACUUCGACCCGGCCGACGGGGAGCUGAAGACGGUGACGGUGGCGGAGCUGACGGCGGGCAAGAAAGCGAUCCUGUUCGCGGUGCCCGGCGCGUUCACGCCCACGUGCUCGCAGAAGCACCUGCCGGGGUUCGUGGAGAAGGCGGGCGAGCUGAAGGCGAAGGGCGUGGCGACCGUGGCGUGCGUGUCGGUGAACGACGCGUUCGUGAUGAAGGCGUGGAAGGAGUCGCUGGGGCUCGGCGACGACGUGCUGCUGCUGUCGGACGGCAACCUGGAGCUGACGCGCGCGCUGGGCGUGGAGAUGGACCUCUCCGACAAGCCCGUCGGGCUCGGCGUGCGGUCCAGGAGGUACGCGCUCCUGGCCGAGGACGGCGUCGUCAAGGUGCUUAACCUUGAGGAGGGCGGCGCCUUCACCACCAGCAGCGCCGAGGAGAUGCUCAAGGUGCUCGGCUGA